UCAGUGGUUCGGUGAUCUACUGGCGAGUCACACGUUAUGUUAACUCCUCCUUUUUGGAAGUCGGUUAAAAUAUAGUGAUAUAGGGCCGUGUGUGGAGUGACCUUUAGUAUUGACCUCUAGAGUGACAUAAUCCAAGAUGGAUGCAACGUCAAAAGCGCAACAACCCCACAGCUGAUCGAAUGCCACAGACGGUGCCGCGCUCUGGGUGUAGCCCGCCAUCGGCCUCCCAGGGCGAGCGAGCGGUCCCCGCCUCCCCCACGGACCUCCACAACCUCCUGCGCCUGCUGGGAGCCGAGUCUCCUCCCCAGAUGCUGUCCCCACCCACGCACAAGCCGCCCCCGCCGUACCCGGAGAACUACCUGGAUCGCCUCUACGACUUCGAGUACCCGACGCCUUCCCCGUCCUCCGACGAGGGCUCGAUCCCGACGGUGGCCCUCCAUCCCCCAUCCCCGUACAACUCGAUCCAGUACUCCCCGGUUUUCAUCAAGGAGGAACCGAAUAAGCUGACGAUUCCGGGAUUCGCGUCGCCGUACCCUCAGUCACCCUCCUCCUGCGUAUCGUACGGGAGCCACACGCAGUACCCCUCGCCGGUGCCCCAGCACGACGAGUACAUAGACAUUGAGGAGCUGCUGAAGGAGAACCAGAUCCUGCAGGAGAGCGUCCAGCAGAGCUACAUCACGCCGAAAAUCGAGGUGGAGGAGCCCAGGGAUCACGUUCUCCUGAGGUCCGCGCUCGAGGACACGUCGUUCCAGAAGCGUCUCAACUUGAAACCUGUGCCCAUAGAGCUGGGCAACGUGAAGAUGGAGGAGAGCAGUGGAGGCACCGAGGACGCGCUCGCGGCACCAGAUAUAGAUAGAGUCCUGUGCAUGGCCAUCGAGCAGUCCAAACGCGACGUGGACAACACCUGCACCGUGCUCGGUAUAUCGCCAGACCCCAACCAAUGGAGUACCAGCGAUGUGAAGUCCUGGGUGAUGUUCACCCUUCAGCACUACAACCUUCCCAUGGUACCGGCAGAGUACUUCGCGAUGGAGGGCUCGGCGUUAGCAGCGCUGACGGAGGAACAGUUCAACCAGAUCGCUCCACAGGCGGGCAGCACACUCUACGCUCAGCUGGAGAUCUGGAAGGCAGCUCGGCAUGAGAGCUGGAGGAAUACACCGUGGAUGGAGGAGCAGGCUUCCCCCACGCCGCAGAUACCGAUCCCGACGGAGGAUAUGAGCGAUGACGAAGACUCAGAAUCUGCGAGCACGAGUGCCAGCCAAGUGGGCAAGGCCAAGACUGGCAGCACUCACAUACACCUGUGGCAGUUCCUCAAGGAGCUCCUGGCUUCCCCCCAAGUGCACGGCUCGGCGAUACGGUGGCUAGAUAGAAGUAGCGGUGUCUUCAAAAUCGAGGAUUCCGUGCGCGUAGCCAGGCUGUGGGGGAAGAGAAAGAACAGGCCGGCGAUGAACUACGACAAGCUGUCGAGAAGCAUACGACAGUACUACAAGAAAGGCAUCAUGAAGAAGACGGAGCGGAGUCAGAGGCUAGUGUACCAGUUCUGCCAUCCGUACUGCUUAUAAGUUAGAUUUACUGUAAAUAGUUAAGACAGCCGCGGUAAUGCGGACAGACUGGUUGCGUUUUUGGCUAAGCGUAACCCAGUUGAUCGGGACAUGUGUCCUCUCGCCUCCUCCGUCGGAUUCGAGAAAGGUAAUUUUCUGAGCAAUCCGACGAGACGGAGACGAUUAGCAUGUAAGUUUUGCUGUACCGGCGACUAGGCGGCACCAGGUAUUCUGAGGAUUAUGGUCCACCGAAAGUCGGUAGUGUUUAUCCCAUAUAUCUAUGAUAUAUUUCUAGUACGUUCUAUGAACUUAUAGGUUAUGUUGUAAAUAGCGUAGGUUAAUUUAUAAAGAUGCUCAUAAGUUAUGUGAAUUUUAUUUUUCGUUUUGAGAUUAUAUUGCGCUCGCAAAUAAGGGACACUUGCAAUGUAGGUGUAGUUAGGAUAAGCCGGGCGGUUUAAAAUUGUGAAUUUGUAAAUUUUGUGCCAAAUAGAUAUUUGUGAAUUGGAAUUUAUUGGGGACAAAAUGCAUCCCGCCAAUGUAUAUUGUAAGUUACGGUGGUGGUAUUAGAGUUUAGUUUCCCAUGACGCAGUUAGCGUUGUAUUUUUCGACCAAACUAAUGUAGAUUUUAUGAAUCAUGUACCUAAUGUUAUACUCGAUGAGAAUAAAUGGCCAUUUAUACU